CUCUCUCCAUCUCAGUACUAGUGUGUGUGUGUCUCAGUGUGUGUGUUGUCACUCUCCUCCAACCUGCUCCCCGCUCAGCAUGGCCAGAUUUACGCAAAGUGAAAGCAGAAGGGAUCAGCAGCAGCAUCAUCCCCAGCCGACUCAUCCCGCCCCCGUCAACCUGCUUCUACAGCAGCCGCUUCUACAGCAGCCGCUCCUACUUAUCCCUCAUCAGAAUCAGCUCGCGCACAUCCCGGUUCCGAAACCCAUGAACGGACCCGAAACUGUGUCCAUGCACACGGACUGCGGCGCCAUGAAAGACCAAGACGCCAUCAAGCUCUUCAUUGGACAGAUUCCGCGGAACCUCGAGGAAAAAGACCUGAAACCUCUCUUUGAACAGUUUGGUAAAAUCCACGAACUGUCUGUUCUGAAGGACCGAUACACAGGCAUGCAUAAAGGUUGUGCGUUUCUCACCUACUGUGCCCGUGAUUCUGCCAUCAAAGCCCAGAAUGCAUUGCAUGAGCAGAAAACCCUACCUGGGAUGACCCGUCCCAUCCAAGUGAAACCAGCUGACAGUGAGUGUCGUGGAGAGGACAGGAAGCUGUUUGUGGGGAUGCUGAACAAGCAGCAGACAGAGGAGGACGUGUACCGCCUAUUUGAGCCCUACGGCGCCAUCGAUGAGUGCACCGUACUAAGAGGUCCUGACGGAAACAGCAAAGGUUGUGCAUUUGUGAAGUUCUCCACUCAUUCUGAAGCGCAGUCUGCCAUCAGUUCCCUGCAUGGGAGUCAGACCAUGCCGGGAGCGUCGUCCAGCCUCGUGGUGAAAUUUGCAGACACAGAUAAGGAGAGGACCAUACGGCGCAUGCAGCAGAUGGCUGGACAGUUUGGCAUCUUCAACCCCUCUGUCGCCCUACCUACGUUCAGCAGCUACAGUAGCUAUGCACACGCCUUGAUGCAGCAGCAGCAGCAGGCAGCGGUGAUGGCCGUGUCUCAGGGGGGCUACCUGGCACCCAGCCUCUCCUUCCCCUCCACCCAGAUCCACCAGGUGGGGGCGCUAGCAAUGAACAGUCUGCCGCCCAACCCCCUCAAUCUCGUGUCAGGUCUGAGCUCUCCUCCAGCCGCCCUGCCCUCCUCCCUGACCAGCCUGGUGGCCCCAAUGAUGACCGGGUACACCGGACUCACCCACCAGGCUAACGGGCACCCUCUAGAGACCCUCUACACCAAUGGCCUGCCGACCUACUCCACCCAGAGCCCUACUGCUGCGGACACACUGCAACAGGCCUUUACUGGGGUACAGCAAUACACAGCCAUCUACCCAGCAACUACACUGACCCCUCUAGGUCAGUCACUUUCACAGCACCCUCAGGUCAUUGGCCAACAGCAGAGGGAAGGUGAGGGACCAGAGGGCUGUAAUCUGUUCAUCUACCACCUGCCCCAGGAGUUUGGCGAUAACGAACUGAUGCAGAUGUUCCUGCCCUUCGGCAAUGUUAUCUCCUCCAAGGUAUUCAUGGACAGAGCGACCAAUCAGAGCAAGUGUUUCGGCUUUGUGAGCUUUGAUAACCCGGGUAGUGCCCAGGCUGCAAUCCAAGCCAUGAAUGGUUUCCAGAUUGGUAUGAAGAGACUCAAGGUGCAACUCAAACGUCCCAAAGACGCCAGCCGCCCCUACUGACACCCCCCAGCACAGGUUUAAUCAGAGGUAUGGGGGACGUCUUUGAUUGAAUAAGACAUUUUGUGUUGAAUAAGACAUUUUGUGAAAGGAAAAAACAAAAAAGUUAUUCUGUUUUUAAAACAAUGGAAAAUAGACUUCAUAUGGGAGUUGGGAAGAGAUCUCUUUUUAUCUUCAAUCAUAUCUGACUGGCAGAGGAGGACUCACAGCUCUGCACCAGUGAAGGUUUGGCAUCACAGAUGAGAGAGCAAUGGGAUGAUGCAUAGGAUAGAACAAGACUUUCAAAACAAACAGAAAACUUUGUUAAAGAUACACACACACACAAAAAAACAAUUUAGAAUCUUUGGAGACUUGAGAGUGAAGAAGAACACCACAGACAGACUAAGAAACAGUGUUAAAAAUAAUAUGGAUUUAUGAUGAACUCAAAGAGGAGUCUAGUGAACAAAAAGAGACUUCAGGUUUUUCCUACCAUGUAAUGGACAAAUGAGGGUUCAAACUUGAUCUGAGGAUUCUAAGUAUAUCUGGAGAAAAAAAUAUUUAUUUCUCUGUGAGUCCUGAACCUGCUCUUUCUCAAGUUUCCAUAGCAACCGAGCAAACUGCACCCCCUUGGGAUCUGAGGACCAAAUGUUUUUCUCUUUAACAGUCUUGUACAAAAUACUAACAAUCAUAUAAUACAAUACAGUAUAAUGUUUAGUCUAGUACAAACUAGCAAUCAUUAAAUACUUAAAUGCAGUAUUCUACCUUUAGUUUAGUACACAUAACAGUGACAGAGAAGUACUUCAGGUUGGCAUUGGAUUAUUCACCAUCAGUGUACUGGUGACUACUAAGGAGUAUGUAAAUGUAAAAUGGGAUCAUGUAGAAUUCAGUUGGAGAGGUUAGUGAAGAAGAAUGUUGCCCCGAGCUCUUUCUGUGGGAUGGAAUACAUUAUGAAGUGUUUGUUUGUUUGAAAGCUACAUUUUAUCAUCCUUUUACUGAUAGGCUACACUUCCUCUUUGGGCACUCAGUUUGACCCUUGAACUUUUAGUUUUGUCUCCCUCUGUGCAGCAACCACUCUGAGCCUCAAUUCUAUUCAAAGUUGCCCAUAGGCACAGAUGUAGGAUUAGCUCACUGCCCAAAUACUAACCUUGAGCAUUAGGAAGAAAAUGCUAAACUGUACUUAGAUUAGUCUGAAGGGGCUAUGUCAUCCUACUUCAUUCCGUUUCAGAAGCUUACUACAGUUCUCGGCUCAGGGGUUAAAAGGUCUUGAGUCAGGUGUGCCUAAUGUUCGGAUGAGAUUGUCCAUAGAAACUGAUCUUAAGUCAGUUUUCUGGUUAAGGUGGUUAAUGGUUAAAGUUAGGAUUUGGGGAGGGCCAGCUGACCUAAGAUCUGUGUGUCCACUUUGAUUAGCCAGUAGAUUUAACAGGAUAAAUUGCUUCAUUCAUUGGGUCUGUUUUGUGACAAAGAAAGUAUUUAUGUAUUUACAUUUCAGGGAUUAUUUUAACUAGGGCCAGGAGUUUUUUCUGGUCAGGUCACAUGCUCCGGAAAAACUCCUUUACCUUACCAUAACACAAAAAAACACUAGUACAGAUGUAGGAUCUUAAUUUGAGCCAGUUUUCUACACCGGUACAAUAGUUCUGCAGCAACAGGACAUUUUAAUUAUUAUGUGGAUUAUACUGUAAUUAAUGGACAUUUUUGUAGGGGUUGAUAACAUUUUUAGUAGGGAAAAUCAAGUCUGAAAUUUCAAAGUGGAAAUGACAAACUUGAGAAACCUUUUUAAACCUCAAAUGUACCGCAUUGCAGGAAAGUUCUCCUGCAACAGGGUGAUGAAAUUAAGAUCCUACAUCUGUAUGGCACAGGUUAGAAUUUAUUUAUGGCACAAGCUAUUUUAUCAUUGUCUAACAUUACUGUGACUUUUUUCAAUAUAUAUAACUAUAUGGCUCAUAUCAAUUUGAGCCCGCAUUGCAGUACUAUUCACACUCAUAAAACAGGACUAGCUUUUCUCAAGUAAGUCAGUCUCCUCUCACAUACAUACUCAUGCUAGAAAUCCUCCCCUCACGUAGAUGUGUGCCGUUUUGAUGGAAAAGACUGGUUGAAUAUCAGCCAGCUAUCUUGUGAGGGGAGGCGUCAGCAGCACAGAGCGGUGCAGAGUUAGAGUAGAAAGCCUUCUGAUCCAUUUGAGUCUGACGCCAUUACAUUUUAAGGAGGUGCCUGCAGUCCCCUCUCGCUUGCAUUUCGGUGAAUGUUUUAUUCAGUAUGGAGAGAGGGAGCGGAGACUACUUUACUGGGAGUAGACUUCAAAUCUGCUUUUAAAGAGCUAUACAAGGUCCAAUGUUGAGCACAAGUCAUUCUUUGUGCUGUGCAGGACAGGUUGGGAAUGCUGUCACAGUACCUCCCUCAGGGAACACAAUAAACCAAUGGAGGAACAUCAAAACACACUCUAGAAUACAUUGGAGGAUGAUUCCAAGAGACACUCUAGAAUGCAGGGAUGGAGGGAGGGAGGGAGGGAGGGAGGGAAGGAAGGAAGGGAUGUUUUCUCUUUUUUUCCUUCAUUUUUUUGGUCAUCAUCACAUAUUCAAUAGUGAACCAUAUUUUCACUAACUCCUAGUGAAUUUUACUACCUAUUUUACUUACAGACCAUUCCUGACCCUCAUAUAAGUGAAGAUGCCAAGUAAUGUUUAAUCGUUCUAUGAAUUCUAAUAUGUACAUUUAAUUAUCUUGUAACAUUCCAGGCCAGUUGGCGGCCGAGCGAUAAAUAUGAACUAGCUAUUUUAGUUUUAUCGACAUUAGUUUAUUCACUGUGCACAGAAUCCUAAACCAACCAGAAAUAUGGAUACACCAAUGCACAUUUGUAUUUAUUUUCAUGGAUUUUAAUCAUUGCCUAAAUCUAGCCCACUUCUCAUUAGCUAACUACCAGCCUAUUCUCUUUUAUCUGCAUGUUGUUUCCUCUCACAAAUGUGUAUUCAAAGGAAGAAACGGGCAUUUUUAUUAGAGUCGAGGGUCAACUCCAUUUCAAUCACUUGUCAGUUGAACUGGACAUUAUAACUUCUCUAUAGGAAUGCAGUUAAAUUCCUAUAUUGACUGUAAAGACACCAAUGUUGGUUUUGAUGAUGCCUCUGUGAAAUGUUUACUGACCAGCAGCCUCUCACCACUGUUAGCAGCGUAGAUAUCGAGAAUUUGUCAUUUGUCAAAUUGCUAUGGUCUGACAGGCUUUAACCCUUCUCGGGAUUAUAUUUCUAUGGUAAGCAGAGCUUGGCCUGCGACUGGUGCAGGAAGACAGUCAGUCUUAUGUUUGAUCUAGAUCCUGAGGUAACAGCAAUAGUCCUAGUUGCACUAAGAGACAAACCGUGCACUACAGUAACCUGACAAGUCCUUUGACCUUUGCUUGUCCUAUAAACAUAAAGCGGUAGCCUAAAGGCUAAACGAAUGCUAUUAUUGCCAAGCAGCUGGUUGGAAAUGUACUUGUAUAUUUCUAUGUUCUAUUCAGGUUCUGGGGUUAUAUGCUUUUUCAGGGGUUGGGAGACAUAAAGAUAGUUUACUGUGCUUUUUCUAUAUACAUUUAUUAACAACUACCUGAAUGAAGCCAUGUUACUUUCUAUCAAAUGACUACCCACUGGGCAAAAACUGGUUGAAUCAAUGUUGUUUCCACGUCAUUUCACCCCAAAAAAUUAAAUGUGGUGAGGUUGAAUCAACGUGAAAAACUGAUUGGAUUUUGAAAAAGUCAUCAACGUAAGGGAUUCUUGUCUUUUUUUCACCCAACCUUUAUCCUAAAUCCAAUGACAUGGUGACAUUUUUUGUUGAUUUCAGGUUGAAUUCAUGUUAGUUGACAACUCAACUAAAUGUAAAUCCAAACUUGACGUUUAACUGAUGUCUGUUCUCAGUGGGUACAUGUAUACUUAACAUUCCUACUGCACUACCUCUAUAAGGUGAUGUGUAUAAAUCUUUAAAAAAAAAAAUAAAAAAAACAAGACCUCAAUUUUCAUUUUAAGAUGAUGGAUUUUCAUGUGUUUACUGCCAAAAUCCACCUACGUCCAUUCUUACUGCUCAACUGGACGCUUGGAUGACGGGAAGGAGUAGGAGGUCAUGACAUUCUUAUGAAUGACACUGUAUGAUCAUGUACUAUGUUUUGAAUGCAGUGGGAAAAUACAAUAUAGCUUGAUGUAAAUAGGAGAUCUGUUUAAUUUCAUAAUCUUGUCAGCACACAAAUCUUUUCAGGUAAUGGGGCGAGGAGUGGAAGAGGGAUGGAGAGGGGGUGGGGUGUUUAUGAAGAUUCUGUCGGUGGGUGGGGUUGACAUUUGAAGAUGGUGUCUAACUUCAGUGGUUUCUUAGCACAAUAUACAAAAUGUAUAGACGAUUGAGAGACAGGGACAAGGACACUUGUGGGUAAUGCUAAGGGUAGAAAAGGUAGACAUGAUGUCUGAGAAACCACAGCUCUCUUAUCCUGCCCAUGUCUCUCCUAUACUUGCUGCUUUGACAAUUACAAUUUUCAUAUGGUUUAAUUUAUUUACUUAUUUAUUAGGUCAUAUUUAAUUAAAUAUGUCCUUCUAUUUAUUAUUACCUAUCAUUAUUAUGAUAUUUAUUUUUAUUUCAUGUUUUUUUUUUCUUCAGAUAUGAAUGAUACAGAUUGCUUACUGGGACUUUUUUUCUCUUUCUCCUUUUUCAAUUUUACAAUAAAAUAUUCUAAUAGUA